UAUGCUAUCUAGAUAUAACAUUAAUGGGCGUACAAUUUAAGAAGAAAAGUUAUUAUCUGAAGGUGGAUAUGGUUACAUACUGAAAGCAAUAGAUGUGAAUACAAAGGAGGUGUUUGCUUUGAAAAAAUCUUAUUGUUAAGGAGAAGAGAGAACCAAAGUAGCAAGAAACGAGUUGGAAAUUAUGGUAUGACAAAUUCAAAUUUUAUCUAGAAACGAUUGCCAAGACAUCCAAAUUUGGUCAAUUUCAUAGGAGGCACAUUUAUUUAGGAUAAAGGACAGCAAGUAUGUUUGAUUCUAAUGGAAUUUUGUGGAGGUGGAAGUUUAUUCGAUUUGAUGGCUAAAGAUCCAAAUUCAAGAUUUCCAGAAGAGCAGCUUUUGGGUUACAUGAAAGUAUUAAUUGACCAAUCUAAAUCUUACUAGGAAAUCACUUAAGGUAUAAAGUCAUUGCAUACUUUACAACCACCGAUGACUCAUAGAGAUAUAAAAAUAGAGAAUGUGUUAUUUUAAAAUGGAAGGUGUAAAUUGUGCGAUUUUGGUUCGGCUAGUACCCAAAGAGUAGACUUAAGGUUAGAUUUAUAAUCUAUUUAUCCUAGUCAAAUAAGACAGUCUGAUUUCGUAAUUUAUGAAGAAGAAUGGGAGAAAAACACAACAUUAAUGUAUAGGCCUCCAGAAAUGGCUGACCUAUUUUUGAGAUACGAGGUAGGAGAGAAAGCCGAUGUUUGGAUGCUAGGAUGUGUAUUAUACACUUUGUGUUUUUUCAUUCAUCCAUUUUAAGAGAGUUCAAAAUUAGCAAUUUCUACUGCCACAUACAAUAUACCUAAGUAGCAUAGAUAUUCAGAUAAAUUGAUUGAUUUUAUUAGACUUAUGCUUACUCCUGAUCCAAAAUUAAGACCCUCUAUUUUUGAUGUUGAAAGAAUUCUAGCUUAAUUUCAUUCAUUACCCUACAUAUAAUUGAAUGUAUUAGUUUGAAGCAAAUUUUAGGCCUAAGCAAUAGAAAUUAAAAAUAGAGAGCAGAAAUUGGAAUAAGAAAUGGAAUAAUAUAAUAAAAACAGUUUCAAAGUGAAAAAAUUUGAUGGCGAUAUUCCAAUAGAUGAAUUAAUGAACCUAUAAAAAAAGAUAUAAACAGAAAAGUCUCAAGUGAAAUAACCACAAUAAUAAAUUCGAUAACCUUAGCAAUAAUAUGUAUAGAGGUAAUAAGUGUAGCAAUAAUAACAAUCAAAAUUAUAGUAAUAGUAAUUUCAGCCAUUCUCUGAAUUUAAUUAAUAGUAAUAAACAUCAUAAUCAAAAUCAUAAUAGGAUAUAUUUGCUCAAUUCAAUAACCCUUAAUAAUCUUUUAGUAACAACAAUGCUUGGGGUAAUUCCAAUCAAUGGACCACUUAAUAAUAAACAAAUGCAUAAGGCUUUGAUAAUUUUGGAUUUGUUUAAACAUCUCACUCACCAAGUCCAAAUCCAUUUUAAUGGGAUUCCUAAUUCAAUUAACCUUAAUAAUAAUAAUAAUAAUUCUAAUAAUAAUAAGUUCAACACCUAUAAAUUAAUUCAUUUUCAACAUCUCCAACUAAUAGUGCAUGGGACGUUACUACCAACAAUACUGAGCAGUCUCAUUAAUCAACUCAACCAUCUAUGAACUUCUGGAAUGGAAAUAGUUAAUAAUAAUUUGGAGUUCAAACUACAUAAAUCUAAUCUUAAUAAUUACCAGUCAUUCAACAAUAAGAAACCAUUGAUUUGAUAGGAUUAAACGAUCCACCUUAAUAAUAGUAUGAUUUAUCCAAUAUAAUAUUAUGACC